AUGCCCUCCCACCCACCACCCCCACCGUCCCCCCGCCACACCCCCGUCCUCAUCGUCGGCGCCGGCUCCGCCGGCCUCGCCGCCGCCACCUGGCUCUCCCGCUACCGCGUCCCCUUCGUCCUGCUCGAGCGGCGCCAGGCAGAAGGCCCACUUACACAGUCGACGGCCGCGGGCCACGCCGACGGCGUGCAGUGCCGGACCGUCGAGGUCUUCGAGAGCUUCGGCAUCAGCGAGCCGCUGCUGAAAGAGGCCUACCACGUGCUGGAGGUGGCGUUUUGGGUGGCGCCGGAUGGGGAGUCGAGUAUCGUCAGGACGAGGUGGGCGCCGGAUGCGCUGCCCGGGAUGUCGCAUUUGCCGCAUGUGAUUUUGAAUCAGGCGCGGGUGAAUGGGUUGAUGCUGGGGGCGGUGGGGGAGGCGGGGGGUGGGCAGGGGGUGGUGUAUGGGGUGGAGGUGGAGGGGGUGGAGGUUGUGGAGGGGGAGGCGGCGGCGAGGGAGGAUCCGGAGGCGUAUGCGGUGAGGGUGAGGGCGGUGAGGGGUGGGGUGAGGGAGGAGUGGAGGGCGAGGUAUGUGUUGGCUUGCGAUGGAGCACAUAGCGUGGUCCGCAAAUCGCUGGGUAUCCAGAUGGUUGGAGACAGCACCGACACCAUCUGGGGAGUCAUGGACGUCUACCCGCAGACCAACUUCCCGGAUAUCCGCAAGAAGGCCAUCAUCCGCUCCAAUUCUGGGAGCUUGAUCAUCAUUCCGCGAGAAGGCGGGUCCCUCGUGCGCUUUUACAUCGAGAUUCCACAAGGCGUCGCGGCCAAGGAUGUUAAGCUCGCCGAUCUGCACGAUGCCGCCCGCCGCGUCUUCAAGCCUUACAGCAUGGAGUUCGCUGAGACUUCCUGGUGGUCUGCCUAUGCUAUUGGGCAACGGCUGGCAGACCGCUUCUCGCAGUCUGGGCGCGUGUUCCUGACCGGAGAUGCAUGCCACACGCAUUCCCCAAAGGCUGGUCAAGGGAUGAACGUCUCUUUGCAAGACGGCUACAAUAUUGGGUGGAAGCUUGGAUCAGCUUUGACCGGACAGGUCCAUCACUCCAUCAUCGACACUUACGUCUCUGAGCGCCAGAAAGUCGCCGCCGAUCUGAUUGCCUUUGACACCAGCUUUGCAAAAUUGUUCAAGACGGGUGACAACGCGCCUAAGCCCGAGUACGUCAGUGAGCAGUUCAUCAAGGCCGGGCGUUACAUGGCGGGGUUGACGGCGCGGUACGACGAUUCCAUCAUCGUCGACAGCAAGGGCAGCGCAGAACACUUGGCCAAGAACCUUGGCGUGGGAAUGCGCUUCCCCAGCGCGCAGGUCGUGAGGUUCUGCGAUGCAAGGCCGAUGCAGCUGGCCAGGGCCUUGGUCGCAGAUGGAAGAUGGAGACUCGUGGUAUUUCCUGGUGGUACGGAAGAUAAAUCCACCGUUCCAAGGCUGGAGACGCUCGCAGACUUCCUCGGAGGCCCACAUGGUCUGGUGGCAAAGCUCACGCCGGAAAGCGCUGAUAUCGACAGCUUCAUCGAGCCUAUCGUAGUUCUAUCAGGGGCACGUCACGGGGUUGAGCAAGAUCAAAUACCUGACUACUUUCAGCCAAUCACUGGCAAGUGGAGGAUGAGAGAUCUCCACAAAGUCUUCGUAGACGACGAGGAUUAUAACCGUACACAUGGCCAUGCCUACGAGAACUUCGGCAUAGAUUCUGCUCAUGGUGCACUUGUCCUCGUGCGACCAGACCAAUAUGUUGCGGCAAUUCUCUCCAUAUCUGAUCUGCAGGCUGUGCAAGCAUUCUUCACUGCCCUCAAAUCCACAAAUGGGUGGGAUUCACAAAUCGCGGCCCCAGCGAGACUUUGA